AUGGCCCUGAAACAACAAGGUAUUCCAUUAGAAGAUUUAGAUCAAAGACCACAAAUAAACAUCAAUGAUAAACCCAUUACAGAUGAACCAAAGGCUUCACCAGCUAUGAAACAAGAACCACAAUCAAAUAAUGAAAAUUCACAAAAUCUAAAAUCAAAAGAAUCGAGCAACUCAGAUAAUCCAUCAUCUAGUUCUGGUUCAGAUUCAGAUUCAGACUCAGAUUCAGAUAGUGAUGAUGAUGUUAAUUCUCAUUUUACUGCCACUAGUGGUUACCAAAGAGAAUCAAAUGAAUGUACUGAAUUCUGUAUUGAAUGUUGUACUUGUUUUGGUGUUCUUAAUUGUUGUCCAAACAAUGGUGAAGGGUGUGUCACCAACACGGCCACAUUUAUUGGUAAUAUGCUUUUUGCUUGCUGCAAAUGCUAA